CCCAUGACCGCAGUCUCCAUCGACGAGGGCCUGGAACUGCCCGCUGCUGUUUCGCACAGGCCGAUUGUGUGCUAUGGCGGACAGUAGGAUUUUGUGCUGCUGAAGCGCUUGAUGAUGGGAAUACAUCGCUGCUGUGAAGGCGCUCGCGAAACUUUAGCCAGCAGGCUGUCCGCUUGAAUUUGCAGCAUCGAAUUUGGACGUCAUUUCAGUGAGAACGAUUGGAGUAGGGUUCGUGGGGGCAUUUUCUUGUGUUCGUUUUGAAGCUUUUCAAGAGCCAGGGUUUUUGAUAGAGAGCGUGAAGGUAUGGGUUCUGAGGAGGAAAUGGACGACAUGCCAAUCUCGAAUCCGCUGCCGCCACCGCCCCGGCCACAGGGCAAGAAUAAUCGCAGGGAGAGCUUAGAUGCAGCUGCAGCUCGUGCCGAGAAUUUGUCCAAUGCUGAUUUUCGGAAGAUGGUGAUGGACACGCCGCGACGAGGGGAGGACAAACAGAAAGAGCGGCCUCGAGGUCGUCCGAGGCGUGCCGAGGAUGGUGCUGAUGGUGAGGUCGAUGGCGAGAAGCGGAAGGAGCGCAAAUUUCGUCCUAAGCCGAAAGAAGAGGAGAAUGCUGGCGAGGACGCCAAUCUACCGAGGUAUCGUGAUCGAGCUAAGGAGAGGCGGGAGGAUAUCAAUCCCGAUUAUGAUCACACAUCUGCUGAGCUUGGUUCAUUGCAUGCUUUGGGACCCCCGGGCACAGCUGACAUGAGGUUAACCGAUGCACACAGAAUUUCUAUCGAGAAUUCCAAGUUUCUUGGAGGUGAUGUUGAGCACACGCAUUUGGUGAAGGGGCUUGAUUUUGCUCUUCUGCACAAAGUUAGGAGUGAGAUUGACAAAGAACCUGAGAAUGAGGAUCCUGCUAGUCAGAGGCAGCAGAAAGAAGAUCAAACCAUGGCAUUUCGCACGGCUACUGCUAAGAUGGUGUAUCAAUGGAUUUGCAAGCCGCAGACAGUUAGUAAAGUCAAUUCAAUGUUUCUACCAGGACGUACAGCGUUUGUAUUCGACAUGGAUGGAGAAUUUGCACAUGACAUCCCUACUACUGUUCAUCGAAGUAAAGCAGAUUGUCCUCCUCCACAGGAAACAGUCACAGUGGGUGUGGAUGGGACAGUGCUGGAACGCAUUGCAAAGAUCAUGACGUAUCUUCGUCUGGGUGCCGGGAAGCCCUUGAAAAAGAAGAAGAAAGACAAGGAAUCUAGAGCGAAAAGUGUAUCUCUGGGGGGUGAAACACCUUUACACGACGGGGAGAGAGGCGCUACUAACGGGACAGCAAAUAGGUCCCAUGAGUGGGAGAACCUCCCACCACCUCCCCCCCUUCCACCUCGCAGGUUUGGUGAAAUGAGGGAAUCAAUUAGUAUAGAUCAGGCUGCUGUUAGCAAUCUUCCACUUCCUCCUCCACCUCCACAUCCACCUUCUAGGGAUGAUGAUAUUUUCGAAGGUGUAGGGACUGAUUAUGUGCCAACAGUACGAGACAACGACAGCCCCAAGUCUGAGGAUAUGGAGGAGUCUCCUGGUCGGGAUAAUGAACGACCUUACUUUGGUGAACAUUAUGGUCCCAUGCCACCUUCUCAAGACUUGAAUCCAAUCUGGCAGCAUCAAGUAUGUAUAGCUUUCUUUCUCUUGGCCACCUAUGAUGCUUCUGUUCAAGGACCAGCAAUGCCGUAUGCAUCAGGAGAAUGGACUGAGUAUCCACAACCUCCUCCAGAACAAUAUGCAGGACCAUGGCAACCUGAGCAGUAUCCUGGAUAUAUGGAACAUUAUCCAACUGCAGCCGUUGCAAAUCCGGAGGUUCAAGGAGAUCCACACUUGAUGACGCAAGAAGAGAAAGACAGGGGGCUUGGGUCUGUCUUCAAGCGUGAUGAUCAGCGGUUGCAGCAACGUAGAGAACGUGAUGUUCGUGAGAAGGACCCCAAUUUUAUCUCAGAGAGCUAUUCUGAAUGUUACCCUGGAUAUCAAGAGUACAACCGUGAAAUUGUGGGCAGUGACGAUGACGAAGAUCUGACCAAGAUGGAUAUGGGUGGCAGAGCCAAAGGAAGGUUGCAUCGUUGGGAUUUCGAGUCUGAGGAUGAUUGGGCUAAAUACAAUGAGCAAAAAGAAGCUAUGCCUAAAGCUGCAUUCCAGUUUGGAGUUAAAAUGCAGGAUGGCCGCAAAACACGAAAGCAAAACAAAGACCAGAAGCUUACCAAUGAGCUUCACAAAAUCAAUAAGAUAUUGGAUCGCAGAAAGACUGGUAAAGGUGGUGGGUAUGAGAAUGACGAUCGGGGGGGUUACGAAGAGGAGGGCACUCCUGCGAAGCGUUCCCGAGCUUAAGUACUUUUGCAACAUCCUAUAUCGUAGUUCUUGCAGGAGUUCUGAUUUUUGUUUAGACUUGCUUCAGUAUUUAGAUCACUGCAGUUGUCAGUAAAUAUUGUACCCAGCUAUUUGACAUCUUUGAAUGUUAAAAUAUAGUAAUAAUAAAAAUUUCCAUUAAAUUUGUUUGAUAA